AUGGCGGAGACUGUUGAACCCACGAUCCAAAAGCAACGCAAGUCCGUCGCAUUCAGUGAAGGCUCCAUCAUCAUGGAUACGAACGGCGAAGUGACACAGGCCAUUGAGAAGCCCGUUGUUGAAGAGCAGGCAGACAAGUCCGUCGACGAAGUAACCGAACUCUUCAAGGGCCUUUCGAAAAAGAAGAAGACCAAGAAGCCCAAGGAUGCAGAAGCCGGCGACGACACGGCCCCCGCCGCCGCGGACGGCGAGUUCGACCCCACAGCCCUGAAAAAGAAGAAGAAGAAGGUCAAGAAGGCCGACGCUGGCGAUUUCGAAGCUAAGCUGGCUGAGGCUGGUAUUGCGGAGAAGGAGGCCGAAGAGAAGGAAGAUGAGGUGCCCGAGGGUGAUCUCGAAGCUGGCACCGGCAUCUGGGCUCACGACGCCACCCAACCCAUCCCCUACACGCUGCUCGUCUCCCGAUUCUUCUCCCUCAUCCAGAGCCACCACCCCGACCUGCUCUCUAGCGGCUCCAAGUCCUACAAGAUUCCUCCCCCUCAAUGUCUGCGUGAAGGUAACCGUCGUACCAUUUUCGCCAACAUCGCCGAUAUUUGCAAGCGUAUGAAGCGUUCCGACGACCACGUUAUGCAGUUCUUGUUCGCCGAAUUGGGUACCAGCGGUAGUGUGGACGGAAGCAGGCGUCUGGUUAUCAAGGGUCGUUUCCAGCAGAAGCAGAUUGAGAACGUCCUGCGACGAUACAUCGUUGAAUACGUUACCUGCAAGACCUGCCGCAGCCCCGACACAGAGCUCAACAAGGGUGAGAACCGUCUGUACUUCGUCACCUGCAACUCCUGCGGUUCCCGUCGUUCCGUCGCCGCCAUCAAAACCGGUUUCCGUGGCCAAGUUGGCCGCAGAAAGAGGCAGGGUUAA